CCUCGCAGCGCCGGUCCAGCUGUCCCCGCGGUCCGCCGCCGCCAGUUCCUCAUCCUCCUCAAUCCCCAGGGCGGUGCGGCCAAGCCAAUCUCCAGGCUUCUCCGCUUUUCUUUUUUCUCUCCCUCCCGCCUCGGCCGCCCCGGUUCCCGCCACCCUGGGCCGCUGGCCUGCAGGAUGAAGAACCCGAUGCUGGAAGCGGUGUCUCUACUGCUGGAGAAGCUGCUCCUCAUCUCCAACUUCAAGCUCUUCAGUUGGGCGGUCCAGGGAGAAGACGAGAAGAGGAACCGCAUCUGUGAGAUCAACUCUUUACUCCGCGGCGACGUGCUGGAAGUGCGCCGAACCCACGUGACCCACUUUGGUAUCUACCUGGGCGACAACCGCGUCGCCCACAUGAUGCCCGACAUCCUGUUGGCUCUGACCAACGACAAGGGUCUCACGCAGAAGGUGGUCUCCAACAAGCGUCUCCUCCUGGGCGUCAUUUGCAGGGUGGCCAGCAUCCGCGUGGACACAGUGGAGGACUUCGCCUACGGAGCCGACAUCCUGGUCAAUCACCUGGACAAGGCCCUCAAGAAAAAAGCGCUGCUCAACGAAGAGGUGGCUCAGAGGGCGGAGAAGCUGUUGGGCUUUACUCCCUACAGCCUCCUGUGGAACAACUGCGAACACUUCGUGACCUACUGCAGAUUCGGCACCUCGAUCAGCCCCCAGGCCGACAGGUUUUGUGAGACUGUGAAGAUAAUUAUUCGUGAUCAGAGGAGUGUUCUUGCCUCAGCAGUCUUGGGAUUGGCGUCUGUAGUUUAUCUGGGCUUGGCGUCAUAUACUGCCCUUCCUGCAAUUUUUAUUCCAUUCUGCUUAUGGAUGGUUGGCUAACUGCAUAUCCCCGUGUUGAUGUGUGUAUUCUGUGUGUAAAUAUGUUUAUAGAGCACAAAUCAGUAUAAGCAUCGUCGAGAAAAAUGUGACCUGUAACGCUGUGUUCUGGAUAAAAAUGUGAUUAAGAAUCACACAAAGUGCUUACUGUGUAAGCCCAAGAACAAAGGCUUUCUGGAUCUUCUCAGGCAGUUCCAUUUGAAAACACUGCGCAAAUCUUGGAAACAUGACAAGCUGUGAUAGAACUCAUCAUUACAAGAAAACCAGCCCUUAAGAUGAUGGCCAUGGGAGAUUAUUUGUUUUACGUUUUUCUCCUGUAAUCAUUGGUCUUCUCUGUUAGACCUGAAUUUGAAGAUUGGAAGUCUCGUUGAGUGAGGUCACUAACUUUACUAUAAAUUUAUCCUGUUUCAUUGAAAAACUUUUAUUAAACUGAAAGAAUUUCCUUUAUAUAGAUGAAAACAUGUUUGAUGAUUGGCCCCCCAAAAUUCACAAUCUGUUUUUCCUCAUGUUUUAUAUAUAAUUCGCAGUAAGUCAACAAUAUUUUCAUUACUUGAAAUCAUAUUGGCAAAGUUAAAGUUUAAUGAUAAAGUAGCUGACCAGAACUACAGAAAUUUGUGUUUUCCUGUAGAAAUAGCUACUAUAGCAUCAGUUGAACAAUUUGCUUUGGCUUUACUUAAUAGGAAGCCUGGCAUUCUUUUUUUUUUUUUUUCCCUUUUAUGUGUCAAGUGGUUACUUUAAACCACUCUGAGAGGUAAAUGGAUAUAGGAUUGAAGUAAUUUGGGUACUUGGAGUGUGUAUGUGCCAAUUAAAUAUGCAGGUAUCCACAUACACUCAAACUGAGAGAAAAUUUAUUUGGUCUUGGUUACUUUAUCAUAACAGUGAGGUCAUUAUAGAUCAUCUGUAGAGGUGAAUAUAACAGCAAGUUUAAUCCAUUUUCUUAUGCCCUAGCAUUUGUGGUGUAACUUGCAUAUAUGUCAGUGGAUGGUUUAUCUUUCAAAACACUUACUAAGGUACUGUAUAAUUAGUAAAAGCCCUCAGAUUUGUUUUCUAGUCAGGUUUCUCCAUUUCAUUACUAAGUGUAGCUUACAUCCUUAAGAAGUGUGCCACAGCAGUAUAUAAAACCCAAUGAAGUAGGACCAAAGGAAAUGACUGUUAGAAAUAAUUUUCAAGCAUCUUAGUACUGCCAGGCAAUAAAUUGAUAUUACACUGAGGCUGUUUUAAUAUGAGUUGAGAUGUAACAGUGUUAAAGCAAGCAUUCGAGUCGUGUUCCAAAAUUACUAAAUUCUAAAAAUUAAGCCACAAGCUAGACUUGCAUUUCAAGUAUUAAAAUUGCUUUAUAAACUAUAAAGAAUCACAAAAUAAUGUGUCACAUAAAGAAUGGUAUGGGGAGGGUGGGGUCAGUCACUUAGUGAUCCAAUCAGAACAAAUUUAAGAGUGGAUUUUACUUAUAACUGAUGUUUCAUCACCACUAAUUUACCAAACAAAUUCUGUUGGCGUUUAAUAAUAAUGAAACUUUGUGUUUAAUCAUUUAAAUGUUUUAAAUAGUUAAAACAUGAAAUGGCAACACCACAGAAUAAAGUUGUUCUACGGUCCUAUUCCAACCACUUAGAAUUAUUUUAAGUACGUAUACAUAAAAGUAACCAAUAUGAGAAAUCCAUUGUAUUAGUGGUUUUUUACUUACUGUAUAUCACCCUUGUAGCAAUUGUUUAAAUAAAUUCAUUUUUAAAAAAUAUGGUAUCCUCAUAAAUAAUUAACACCUUUUUUGCAGACUUUAUUAUUGCAGGUAGCAGAAAACUGUCUGAUGUUAAAUCUGUGUUCAAAGAUAAUGAUCCCUAUUAAAUGCCAAGGGAAAUAUUUAAGGUUGGAAUUAACAUAAUUGGUCUUGACUCACUUCAUAUCCUUAAAGCAGGAUUCAAUUCAUCAUUUGUUUGAGUGCUCAUUACAUGCCAGGCACUGACCUGUUGUAAUUUCAUGGUCUAGAAUUAAUCCUGUUUUUCAACUACGUAUAUUAGAGUGUAUACAGUGCUAUGAGAACACAAGAGAAGAAGAAAUUAUCUUCCUGAAGGGUGAGAAAUCUAUCUGAAGUAGGCAAUGCUAUCAUUAAACUUAGAAAUAUUAAGAGGUGAUCUUAUUACACUGAUGUGUUCCACAAAUGGGAAGAGGGAACUGGAAGGAAGGUUUUUUAAAUUAAAUGUUCCACAGCACUAGAAUUUGUUGAACUUUUUAGGAGAAAGGGAGAGUUUUUGUUUUGUUGUGCUCAGUUUGAUUAGUUGCUUAACAAGGAGCAUAUAUUCCUGAUUGUGGUUAUGGAAAAAAUCCUGAGCUAUUAUUGUGUCUCUGAUGAGUUUCUCUGGGCUUCAUUAGUUAAGAUUCACCCUUGUAAUCCUGAAAGUCCCUUAUAUUUCUAUAUUUCUAUCCUAACUUGUGAAAUGACAAGUAGUGUCUGAUGCAGCUUUUGGUUGCUUAUUUCGUUCUUUGCCAUACCUAGAUGAAGGCUAAAUGGGACUAGCUGGGCUAAGAUGAAAUAAUGCAGGUGUCAGAUACUAUGCACGUGUUAGCGCUGAAAAGAUGAAUGAGACAUGGACCUUUUCCUCCAAGCUUAUGAUCUCAUGGACAUAGAAUUAUUAAGACUUUCUGCAAUAGAGCUGAUCGAAGGCACAGAAAAUAAGUGGUUGGUUUUAACUGAUAGGGCAAAAAUUAUGGGGACUGUGUAUCAAGAAUUGGAAAAAUAGGAUGUUUUCCAGGAGGACAGAUUUGGGCAGGGCAUUCUACACAUUGGGAAGAGCAUGAGCGAACGCAUGAAAACUGUCCACAACACGCCUGACACAUAAAUGUGAGGUACUCUACUAUUUGUUGACUGAAAGCAUGAAAGUGCAUGGAGCAUUCAGGCAAAUGUAAGUAGUUCAGAGGCUAGAGCAGAGCAACGGUGAUGAGAGAUGUCAGAAAACAGUGAUCAGGUGGUGCAAGUGUAGACCAAGAGGUUUGGGCUUCAUGAACAAGCAAUGGAGAUUUGGGCUUCAGAAAGGUAACUCCCAAAAGUAUGCAGGAAGGAUGGGAGAAUGGGCAAGACAGGACGAGGGAAUCUAUUAAGAGACUAGCUGUGGUUCUCAAUCUCUCAAAUCAACGCCUGUGAUUGUGUAGGUGAGAGCAAACAUGUCAAGGAAGUGUCAACAGACUUUAGCCAAAUCCUGUUUGACUCCUGAGUAACUCUUGGUGGGGUGUCAGGGAGAAUUCAUGCAUCCUUCUUUUCAUCCAGAAAGUUGGGUCCUGAAAAAUAAGUUAAUGUGGUGGCUGUGUGUAUAUUGGAUACUACACAUCUUUGUUCUGCUAGGUAUAUUUCUUCCCAAGGACAAGCAAAUAAACUUGGAUUUGUUGUCUAAAAAAUUAUUUUUUUCAGAGUAUAGACAUAUUUCUUAUUUUUCCAUUUUCUAUUUCAUACUGUCAAAUAUCAAAAAUGUUUUCCAGCAAUAUCAAAGUUAUGCCAACGGCAAAACUCUUUUGUUAUAGAUGGGAAGCAUAUAAAAAAUGAUGGUUGCCAAUCUUCUGUUUUAUAUGAUUUCUUUUGAGAGUUUUACCUAACCUAGAUC